AUGGCUACCACAACCCGCCCACGCAUUAACCACAGCCUUGAGCUCUCGAGGCUCUAUCCAUCGUGCUAUCCUUGCUUCAAGGGAGCCCGGCGAUGCAGUUCCACAGACAACCAGGGUGCUCGACCAUGCGAUCGUUGCGUAAAGGAUGGUCUGCCACCAGAGGAAUGUGUCGCUCAUCAAGACGAUCCACGCUGGGUGGCAGGCAAAUCCGGAGCGACCAAGAGGCGCGAUGGCGGAAAGGGGGGCAGGGACAAUGCCUAUGAUGGGGGCGUCCGAGCGGCUACCACGGAAGGCUUGCGCCGCUCCGCUCGUUCGACUCGUUUCACGUUCAACCAUGCGGACGCAGAGAGUGCUGAAGAGGAAGACGACCAAACGCCCGUGGUGGAGCAGAGCGCAACGGACGGGGCUGCAGAGGCGAACGCUGGCAAUGAGACAGUCGUUGUCCCUAGCGAAGAGACUGCUGCUGAGGAAGAUAUGCCUCCACCCACAGCGCGCAAUGCCUUGCCACUCAGCGAAUUCUCUUUGGCGAACCGCGGAUGUCGCGUCAAAGUGAAGCCGCAGCGACCAGACCAGGACGACUAUUGA